AUGGAACCAAAUGUGGGUCGAGGCGUUUUUGCACCGCUGGCCCGAAUUGAACAGCUCCAUGAACGGAAUGUCCAGCUAAGCAAAGAGGUCGACGACCUCCACACCCAAAUCCUGCGAGAGAUUGCCAGGCAGGGAGUCGUUCUUCCAUCGGUUCCCAUAGCGUACCCCGAACCAAAGUCCCGAGUUCAAGACCUGAAGCGAAUUGUCAAGUAUAUCAACAAAAAGACUCCAGCGUGGCGUAUUCGAAUACUCCAGAGACGAAAGCAGCUUGCCUAUGGAGACAACGACCUUGACUCUGAUGAGGAGAUGGAAGAUGAGACAGAGUCCUCCGCUUCUGGAAUCGAAGAUAUAAUCCCUGGUGAAAACCAAAUGGUAGCUAGGAGAGUUACGCAGGAGCUCACCCAUGGAGGUGACAUCGUCGAUGAUGUAGCGGCAAUCCUUUAUGCAGCGGAAAAGGGAAUGCCGGAUGUAGCUGAGUUCAAGCACGAUUUCCUCUGUGCUUAUUGUGUCACAUUCGAGUCAGCCAUGGAGAUUGUGAAGAGUGGUCCGAUAGAACUUCUCACAACCUUCGACAUCCUUGCUACUAUCACUGAAUAUCCGGCUUGGAAGAAGAUGGAGGCCGGGGAGGCCCAGAAGGAUAGGGCUGCUAUUGCAGAGAUGGCGAUGCAUGUUAUCCAGACGGCGCUGGUUAUGAAAGAUGCAUACCGAGCGGCAUUAUUUGGUCCAGAUGGGAUAUUGGAAAAUAUAUAUCAUCGCAUGCAGGAUAUGUAUUUGAAUAUAAUCCUAGGGAUUCGGAAAUAUCCCUAG